CCGCCUCUCGACAGAGAACGGAGGUUGUUUUCUCUGAAGAAAAAUUUCCUUUUGCGGUCUGGCGCCGAGUUGUUUAUUUUAUUGUUAUGGUUUUGUUUUUAAUUGUUUUUACCCUUAUUCCCACGGCUUAAUUUACAAUUGUAAUUGUCUUGUUUUUAAAUAUCGGCGUAGUUUUAAACAAAACCGUAAUUACCGAGUUAUUUCUAUCUCCGGUCGCAGUCGUGCGAGGAGGUUUCGAGGUCCCCUCGAGGUAUGAGUUCACAAUGAAGAGGCGGUUGGAUGAACAGGAUCCAGUUUUUGCGUCUCAGCAGCGUCGCCUUGCAAGCAGCACGGAAAGCUUCCAGCACCGUGUACUUGCACCAGCGCCGGCAGUGUACGAGGCUGUGUCAGAAAACAUGCAGCCCACCACUGGCAUCCAGUACUCCAUCCCUCAGGGGUACCAGGUAAGCCCUGCAGCGGACACCGGGACCCUUUGGAUCCAGGUGCCAACAGUGGCCCAGAGCUCCAGUAGCCAUGGGCACACCCCAGGCACAGCUGUGCAUAGCGGGGGGCACCACCACCCCCCAACCAUACCACCCCACAGUGGGCAGGUAGUGCAGAGCCACCCCCAGGCCCCCACACCCACCGCCCCUGUGCAGGGCCAACAGCAGUUCCAGAGGCUCAAGGUUGAAGAUGCUCUGUCCUACUUGGACCAGGUGAAGUUACAGUUUGGGAGUCAGCCCCAAGUUUACAAUGACUUCCUUGACAUAAUGAAGGAGUUUAAAUCACAAAGCAUCGAUACUCCAGGAGUGAUCAGCAGGGUCUCUCAGCUCUUCAAGGGUCACCCAGACCUGAUUAUGGGCUUCAACACUUUCCUGCCUCCAGGGUAUAAAAUAGAGGUGCAGACUAAUGACCUUGUGAACGUUACCACACCAGGGCAGAUCCAUCACAUCACCCCACAUGGCAUCCAGGUGCAACAACUGCCCCUACCCCAACCGCCACAGCACCAGCCCCCGCCCCCAGCACCAGCCACUCCUGCUGCAGCACCUCCCGCUGCCCAGCCCACGCCAGCAAAAAUCAGCAAGCCCCAGCAGUCGCCAGCCCUGACCCCUACAAGCCAGUCCAAUCCGUCCAUCCCCCCCUACGCCUCCCCACGGUCCCCGCCAGUGCAGCCCCACACACCGGUCAGCAGUACUCCCGCCAGCGUCCCACCACUGCAGAACAACCAGCCUGUGGAGUUCAACCACGCCAUCAACUACGUGAACAAGAUUAAGAACCGCUUCCAAGGCCAGCCUGACAUCUACAAAGCCUUCCUGGAGAUACUGCACACUUACCAGAAGGAACAGCGCAAUGCAAAGGAGGCAGGUGGGAAUUACACCCCAGCGCUGACGGAGCAGGAAGUCUACGCACAGGUAGCUCGUCUCUUUAAAAAUCAGGAGGACCUUCUCUCAGAGUUUGGACAGUUCCUGCCAGAUGCCAACAGCUCUGUGCUGUUAAGUAAGACGACAGCAGAGAAGGUAGAAGCUGUGCGAAACGACCACGGUGGCACUGUAAAGAAACCUCAGCUCAACAAUAACAAACAGAGACCCAAUCAGAACGGCUGUCAGAUCCGCCGGCACUCUGGAAGUGGUGCCACUCCUGUUAAGAAGAAGCCCAAGCUCCUGGGUCUGAAGGAUCAGUCGCUGGCUGAGGCUAGUAAGCACGGUGUUGGAACAGAGUCACUCUUCUUUGAGAAGGUCCGGAAAGCGCUCCGCAGUGCAGAGGCAUAUGAGAACUUCUUGAGGUGCCUUGUAAUCUUCAACCAGGAAGUUAUCUCCCGGGCCGAGCUGGUGCAGUUGGUGUCACCGUUUUUAGGGAAGUUCCCAGAACUGUUCACCUGGUUCAAGAAUUUCCUGGGGUACAAAGAGUCAUCCCAUAUCGAGAGCUUCCCCAAAGAACGGGCAACAGAGGGCAUUGCCAUGGAGAUAGACUACGCAUCCUGUAAGAGACUGGGCUCCAGCUACAGAGCACUCCCCAAGAGCUACCAGCAGCCCAAAUGUACUGGCAGGACCCCACUGUGCAAGGAGGUUUUGAAUGAUACGUGGGUGUCAUUCCCAUCCUGGUCUGAGGAUUCCACCUUUGUGAGCUCAAAGAAGACCCAAUAUGAGGAACACAUUUACAGAUGUGAGGAUGAGAGAUUUGAGCUGGAUGUAGUCUUAGAAACGAACCUGGCCACGAUGCGCGUGCUGGAGACAGUCCAGAAGAAGCUCUCCCGAAUGUCUGCAGAGGAACAGGCGAAAUUCCGACUGGACAACACACUGGGCGGCUCCUCUGAGGUGAUCCACCGCAAGGCCAUCCAAAGGAUAUAUGGUGAGAAGGCGCCUGACAUCAUUGAUGGGCUGAAGAAGAACCCAGCCGUGUCCGUCCCCAUUGUACUGAAGAGGUUAAAAACAAAGGAAGAGGAGUGGAGGGAAGCCCAGCGAGGUUUCAAUAAGAUCUGGAGGGAACUGAAUGAGAAAUAUUACCUGAAAUCCCUGGACCACCAGGGGAUUAACUUCAAACAGAAUGACACCAAGGUGCUGCGCUCCAAGACGCUGCUCAAUGAAAUCGAGAGUAUCUAUGAUGAGCGGCAAGAGCAAGCAUCAGAGGAGAGUGGCAUUCCGCCGACGGGACCUCACAUGACACGAUCUUACGAAGACAAACAGAUCCUGGAGGAUGCCGCCUCCCUCAUUAUCCAUCACGUCAAGAGGCAGGCCGGCAUCCAGAAAGAGGACAAAUACAAGAUCAAGCAGGUCAUCUACCACUUCAUCCCAGACUUGCUGUUUGCACAGCGAGGGGAGCUCUCUGACGUGGAGGAGGAAGAAGAGGCAGAGAUGGAGCUGGAGGAAGGCGACGACAAGAAGCACAACGGGGUGGCGUCAGGAGGGGGAGAAGGGGGGAGCCCCACCAAGUCCAAGCUCAUGUUCAGCAACACUAACGCUCAGAAGCUUCGGGGCUCGGGAGAGGCCUACAACCUUUUCUAUGUCAACAACAACUGGUACAUUUUUCUGCGGCUGCACCAGAUCCUGUGCUCCAGGCUGCUGCACAUCUACGGGCAGGCAGAGAAGCAGAUUGAGGAAGACUGCCGUGAGAGGGACUGGGAAAGGGAGGUGCUUGGUCUCAAACGGGAUAAGAGCGACAACCCUGCCAUCCAGCUCAGACUCAAGGAGCCCAUGGAUAUUGAAGUGGAGGAUUAUUACUCUGCGUUCCUGGAGAUGGUGAGAAACUUGCUGGAUGGGAACAUGGAUGCGUCUCAGUAUGAGGAUACUCUGCGGGAGAUGUUCACGAUCCAUGCUUACGUAGCAUUCACCAUGGAUAAGCUCAUCCAGAGCAUCGUCAGACAGCUCCAGCAUAUAGUAAGUGAUGAGAUCUGUGUACAGGUGACCGAACUAUACCUCUCGGAGAGUUUAAAUGGUGCCACAGGGGGUAUGCUGAACACGCAGUCAUCCAGAGCUAGCUUAGAGGGGGCCUACCAGCGCAAAGGAGAGCAGCUCAUGUCUGAUGAGAACUGUUUCAAGCUGAUGUUUUUCCAGGACAGAGGGCAGGUGCAUCACACCAUCGAGCUACUGGACACGGAGGAGGAGAACUCCGACGAGCCUGCAGAGGCUGAGCGCUGGUCAGAUUAUGUAGAGCGAUAUGUGAACUCCGACUCUACCUCCCCAGAGCUGCGAGAACAUCUAGCACAGAAGCCUGUGUUUCUCCCAAGGAACCUGCGACGGAUACGAAAGUAUCAGAGAGGACGGGAGCAACAGGAGAAAGAGGGCAAGGAAGUAGGUGGGAAAAAGUCAGUGGAGAAUGCAGAGAAUCUGGACAAGAUGGAGUGCAAGUUCAAGCUCAAUUCAUACAAGAUGGUGUAUGUGUUCAAAUCAGAGGAUUACAUGUACAGGAGGACAGCGCUGCUCAGGGCUCACCAGUCCCACGAAAGGGUCAGCAAGAGGCUGCACCAGCGUUUUCAGGCCUGGGUGGACAAGUGGGCAAAGGAGUAUGUGACCCACGAGAUGGCAGCCAACACCAGCAAGUGGCUGAUGGGAGAAGACCUGGAGGGGCUGCUGCCUUGUGCGACCACUUGCAAUAAGGAAAUCCUGCACUUCAUGAGCAUUAACAAAUACCGCGUUAAGUACGGCGCAACAUUCAUAGCACCGUAAACUGGCAGAUAUAUAACUUUUUUUUUGGGGGGGGGGGGUGUAAUUCAGAUUUGUGGUUGGGGUACACAGUCUUGCGCUGGAGAUGCAAUGCUGACUACCGUAUUGUAUCGGGCAAGCAGGUAUUUUUUUUGUUUGUUUGUUGUUUUUAGCAGCCUUUUAGAUGUACCUGCUUUUGCGGGGCCUUGGUGCCAAAAUUAGAAAAUCUAGUUGUUUUUCUUUAACCUUCCCAAACCCACCUCCAAACCAAAAGCAUGUGAGAACCUUCUGACCACACAACCAAUUAGGCCCAUAAACACAGGCUGCUGUUGGUUAUAAACCAGUUAGGGGAUUUCUUUCUCUUGUUGCAGGUGUUUUAAAAGGGGUACAGGUUUAACAGCAGUCGGUGAGCACCAACUAGCAGUGCAUUUCUGCAGUGAAAUGAAGUGAAAUGUGUUGAGACUGCUUUUGUACGUAAAUAGGUAAACACACAGUUGCAUUUUCCUGAAAUCUCCAGGAAUGUGUUUCUUGUGAGUGAGGAGCUGGUGGAGAGAAUUGCAAACUGAGAUGCUUGCUAGCAAGGAAGAACAUCUGCAAUUUCCAAGUAUUUUGCCCUUUUACAAAAAAGAGGUGAGGGACAAUGUUAAUGCUCCUCCCAGUGAAGUAUGUAUUAGUCUCGAUACAACUGGGUUCUUCUAAUUUCUUACGUUAUAGUGAUAAGUACUAUUUCAUCAAAAUAUCAGCAGUUUCAUCCUUGCAGCAAAUAUUUUGGUAUGUUGUAGGUACUUCAUCCUCUUACUUACAAGAAUGCAGUAUUGAAUUCCUGACAGAAGCAUACAGUUAUACACAGGUUUGUUUACCUGCUUUCAGGGCCUAGUUAAGAUAACAUGCUUCCUGAAAGGUAAAGCAGACUGACAUCUUUUAAGCAGGAUUUUUUUUUCUAAUUUAUUCAAAUGGCAGGUAGCAUUGUUUUAAAUAUGCAUGUAGCAGAGAGAUGACCUGUGUAAAUGAAAAUAGAAAGACAAUGAUUUGUGUAAAAAAAAUAAAAAAUAAUAAAUAAAAAUUAAAAAAUGAGAAUAGAAAAAUGGAGAUCACUUGACUUCCGGCCACAACAUAUACAAUUGUAUAUCUUGUGACGUGAGAUUUAUGACACUCAGUGUAUAGAUAUGUUAUUACCUUAGCUGCCCUUAUCCUGUACCUGCAAUGUUGCUGGCAUUGUCCAGUGCCAUACAUAAUACCAGGUUUUAUACACAAAAGAACACCAAUACAAACAGUGAACACAUCCUGCUUUUGUUUUUGUAAAUAAAUUGUACAUAGUUAAACCUUUUUUUAUAUUACAGAGAUCUGCAUUGAUGUGCUAGUGGAAUUCAAAAGCUUACUGUGUACCGUAGUGAUAGGUGUCUUAACAUUAGUACUUGUAUUAAAAAAAAAAAAAAAAAAAAAAAA